ACCAGCCCGGUCGGCAGCGUAGUCACGUGGUCUCCCAUGGCAACCGUCUUGUGUCACCGCUCGCACUCCGGUAGAACUGAGCCAGGCGCUCCGCUCGGGAUCAGAUGAGGAUUUUGCGCGCCGUGGCGACUCCGGCGGGGUUGAUCCGCCUUCACGCUGCCGUGGGAGCGCCGAGCGCGGCCUGCCGGGCCCGCGAGCCGGACGAUUUGAGGGAUUUGAAACGGACGGCGAGCCAACGAGCGCCAUGAGUCACUUCAACACCGGGCUCAUUUCAGCCUACAAUAGCCUGACGGACAAACACCUGACUGGCUACUUCAGCAGCGUGCGCAUCAGGAAACACCUGCAGAGAGCCGGAUUGAUCACCCCGAGCGGGCGUAUCGUUCCGGACAAGGAGUACAAACGCAAGCUGCUCCAGACGGCCCACCAGAGACAUGUCAGAGAGGGCCUGGCCCAGGCGAUCUUCCUCAAGGUGCUGGAGAUGGAGCGUCGCCAUCAGACGGAGAUGAAAAGAAAACUGGAGGAGUUCGCCAGGAGGGAGCGAGUGCACAAGAUGAAGCCGCGGCAGAUCAGGAUAGCAUUUAACAAGGUGUGGAACAUAAAUGAUAGUAAAAAUGUAUUUUUGCAGCCCAUUUCAGAGUUUGUACUUUGUGACUUAUGGAAUCAAACCAGCAGCGUUCCUCUGGAUAUUUGCUACUCGUUCCGUUGUUGUGCGCAGCCGUGUUCGUCUCGACCCAACACGGCUCCGGGAAAGAUGCAGCGGCCCGCGCGCUUGAAGCCCAUCCGCAGCGCCAACGAUAAGCGCGGCUCGCCUCGGAGGGUCCGCGAGGCGCUCGCUGACGACCGCCCGCCGUUCAACUGCACCACGGAGAGGCAGUCGAGGAAACACGAGACAACCGGGUGGGAUCCCCCGUUGGGCGUCUCGCCUUACUGUCUUCCGGUCAUCACCAACUUUGCUACGCCGCUGCCUCCCGCCACCAAGAGGAAAGCCAGGGGACCCGGCUGCGUUCCCAGCGGCACCCCUAAUCUCAGGGGCCGUCGACUGCUGCGCACCGCCGCCGCCUUCGGCGGAGUCGACACCAGUGAGGAGCAGCCCCCCCUGAGGACUUCGGUGGCCCAGAGCAGAGUAUGUAUCACCAUGGUGUAUUUCGGGAAAUCGGUGCGUCUCUCCCGCGACUCGGAGGACCGGAGGGACGAGGUCAAAGUGUUUCAGCAACACUGCGGAGGCGAAAACCUCUGCGUGUACAAGGGCAAGCUCCAAGAGGGAGAGACCUUCCGGUUUGUGUCGAGGCGACAUCGAGGUUUCCCCUUCAGCUUGACCUUCUACCUGAACGGCCUGCAAGUGGAGCGCCUCAGCUCGUGCUGCGAGUUCAAGCACAGGCGAGGCCCCAGACUGGGCGGCAGGCACGGGCACUUUGGCUUCGGCGCCGUAGAGCGGGCCUCGCCCUGCUACAAGUGCAUAAUUGCAAUGGGACUGGACAAAAUGCCCACUCCUCCGCCCAAGAGGGUUAAAGAUGCCGAGGAAAGCGCCACGGAGCACGGGCGCGGGUCCCACUCGGGGCGCGCGAGAACCUCUCCGCCACGAGAGGACAAACGCCGAGACGAUUAUGAAGAGGAUUUCGAAGGAGACGACGCCGCGGCCGUCGAUGAAUCCAGUGGACAGAAAGCGUCUCCGACCAGCGUGACGGAAGCGCUGACAAAAGAUGAAACUUCAUCCGACUCCGAAAAUGACGACAGGGACGACGAACACGACACCCGAAGUCCUUCAAGUUCCAGCCCCGUCGAGGAGAGCCACGUCGAUGCCGGCAAAGACUCCAGAGAGCCCAACGAAGUAGAAGAAAGCGACGACGAGCUCCAGGAUGAAACGGCGGAUGACAAAGACCAAGGGCGACCAGAAGAAGCCGCAACUAUCGAGUCGGAAGAGGAAGUCGACGUUUCUGACACCGGCGACAAAGAACCCAGCCUGGGGGAAGAUGGGACCGGGUCGGAAGAAUCGGAGAGGGCCAAAUCUGUACAGGAGAAGCUAGCCGAGGCCAUUCUGAAGGAUUCGCGGUCAAGAUCUGAGCCAGAGUUGAGUGACAUAAGUACCGAAGAGGAGGUGGUGGGAUCCACAGAUCGAGACCAGAAGGAAGCGCUUCUGGCGGACUCUAAACUUGAGGAAGCAUCUGAGCCAAAAGAGGGUCAAGAAGAACCUCAUGAGAACUCUGAAAACUCCAAAUUUGAGAUGGGGGAGCAGGAGGAGGUGAAGGAAGCAGAGGAUCGAGGUGAUUCUGAAGAAACAAAGCAAGGCGAGCCUCAAGACAACGCUUCGGCUAUCCCCACUGAUAAGACGACCGCGGAUCCUGAUGCAGAAGCAAAGUUGACCGGCAACACAACCGAAACGAAUCCAGAAGAGACAGCUGGAGGAUCAGGAUUAGAAAUAAAACCAGAGGAAUUUAGUGUUUUGUCGGAGGAAAAGGUUUCUCAAGAAUACAACGGAAAGGAGGAGCGCAAUGCCGUCAAAGAGGUGGAUGAUGCAUCAGUAGAUAUCGAGGCUAUUGGUGAAGGACGGGACGAGGUCAAGGCAAAAAGUGAGGAACACGGUAAAGGGCUGGAGGAAAAAAUUAACUGGAAUGAGAAACCGGGUAACGCUAACGAGGGAAGUGAAAAGGACGAAAGUCAGACCGAGGAAAGCCUCAAGGCUGAAGAAAACACAGCAGAGAUCGCGAGGGUUGAAACGCAAAGCAGCAACGGAGACGCAGCGGCAACCCUCGGUGAAGAAGAUGAGGCUGGUGAAUUGGGAAAAUCCGAGACAGACAAAGGUCAGCCUCUCCGUGUAAAAAACAGAGAAGGUGAAGAAGUACACGUAGAAAAGGCCGAUAAAGUCAAGGAAACAAACGUAGACAAUGGAGGAAAAACGGAAGCGCUAAACCAAGACGAGAAGGAAGCCGAAGAAAGUAAAGAUGUGACGGACAUUACUGCAAGAAAAGUCAAAAACGAAGGUGAAGAAAGGAAAGAUGUGAUGGAUAAGGGCGAAGAAGAGAAAAUCAUUACCGCUGAGGCAGGGGAAAGCGAAGAACUAAACGAAAAAACUACAGAUAUUAAGGAAGAAAGUAAUGGGACUGAAAAAGAUGAGAAUGAAACUGAAGAAAAUGAAGAUGUGACAGAUAAGAAGAAAGAAGAGAACAUCAUUUUGUCUGAAGUCAACGAAGGAGAAGAACCAGACAAAGCAAUCAUUGACAAUAAGGAAGAAACUGAAGCAAUAGAAGACGACGAAAACAAAGCUGAAGGAGAUAAAGAUGAGACGGACAAAGACGAAGAAGAGAAAACAGCUGAUCCUCACAACAAGGGAGAUGAAGACAUCAGCAAAGCAAACGCCGAUCGCGCGACGGAAAGUGAAGCCAACGGGAAUGCUAAGGAAGGUGAACAACGUCAAGAUGUCACGGACAAAAACGAGGAAAUCGUUCCUGGUCAUAGCGAAGGCAGUGACAUCGACGAGGAAAGUGAAGCAAGGCACAAAGAUGACAACGAAGCUGAAGGAAGUAAAGAUGUAGUGAGCAAAGAUGACAACGAGGAAAUUAUUAUCGUCGAGACCAAAGAAAGUGAGCCAAAAAAACGAGCCACCCCUGACCAAACGCAGGAACCUGAACACACACAUGAGAGCAAAGCUGAAAAAAGCAAAAAUAUGACUGACGAAGCUGAGGAGGAAAUUGUCACCGUUGACACAGAGGAAAGACAAGAACCGUCCAAAAUUCCUGAGGGACUGGAAAAAACAGGUGACGAUUCGCAAAAUGACGAGGAAACCAUUUUUGUGACGCGGAAUGAAAUGAACUCGACAAAGACGCCAGCAGACAAAGCUCAGACGAUGGAAAAUGGAAAAAGGAGUGAAAUUGACGCUGAAAACGGGGAGAUGUCCACUCAAGUACCAACUGUUGCUAACGGGGACAAUUGUGAUGGUGAGACAUCGGUGCAGAUUGAAGAAGGAAAACCUGAAGAACAGUCUGAAGAACACAAAGGUUUGGAGGUAAAGGUGGAAAUAUCUGGAGAUGUCCACAUGGUAGACGGUGGUGCCGAGGUUGGGUAUCAUAAAAACAACUUGGAAACUCUAAUAUCUGGAGUUGACGUCAUAGAGGACUUGGAGUCCGAUCCUCCAAACAAAACCAAACAAGACCACAGGGUUGUGAAAACCAAAGAAAGCAAGGCCAAAGUUGUCGAUGAUGGUGAAAAAUCAUUCGAAGAGGAAAAGUCUUCCGAUCUCCCAAGCAAAAACAAAAAGAGGGCUAAAGCUAGCUCCUUGGCAGAAGGAGCGAGUGUGCUUCUCCAACCAAAACCGCAGUCAAAUACUCAAUCCAUUGAUCAGCUCGCACAUGGAGAAAGUCCAGAGGUGUUGGCCAGAACGAGCAGUUCGGAGCUAGUCACCAGCUGGCUAACGGUGCAUCAAGCGUCCAACUUCUUUGAGACCUUCGUUGAACCUCUGGAGGACAUGAGGGAGUCCGACGUGGGUGCCAGCACCGAGGUCAGACAGUCUCCAGAGUUUCCAAAAAGAGUUGACCUGUCCGAUGCACCAAAACAUGUGGGAGACGGUAACCCCAAAGGCUAAGCUGAUUCCCAUCCUGAAAACUUUUUCGUUAAAGAAGACUGGGAGAAGGUCUCCAAUGAACACCUGAAACAGGUGCUACCAAAAACUGAAAAUGAACCAGAGCUUGGACAGAAAGAUGAAAGUAAAGAAUCUCUCGUAGACAAGGCUGAAUCAAGACAUGGGUGGAGAGCGGCAAACCCGUCAGGAACCAAACCUGAGACUGUCCCAGAAAUCACCGAGAAUGGGCUGCACUUGGAUGUCAUCCCCCCAUCAACUGAAGACCUGAACAGCUCUCCGCAAAACCGUAAUCAUCCCGCCGAUGAGAAAGUCAAAAUGCGGACAUCUCCGCGGGGAAAGAUGCACGAAGAAGGUCAAGAAGUAACUGAGGUUAGCCGUUUUACAACUAGGUCAGACGUCGGAAUCCACCUGGACAUUGACGAUAAACCGUCCGUCAAUAAGAGCACGCAGCUAACGGACGACGUCGGCAGUCAGGAGCUAAUGGACCAACAGCCAUUUGGUCCAAGGUCUUACUCUUUGCUGGCCUCAGCCGGGACUGAGAGCGGAAAUUAGACAACGUGCUUGUCUAUGGUCUUUGGAUGACAAACAGUCCCCGGUAGUCACUACUUUGCGCUAGCUCGUAUUUUCUGAAGGGACUGACUGACACAUGGGCACGAACAUUAGCGUAACGCCAAAAGUCUUCCGGGAAUCGGUGUCGAUGUCGCUGUUUCUCAGACCCCUGGGGGAUAUUUAGGGUGAAACGCUCAACAGGUAAUUCUCGUUCACACAUAACUUGGGUUUUUUUUGGGGGGGGGGGCGGCAAUCGAAAACACUUCUCCCUUGGACCCAAAAACUGCGACAAACCUCGGUUUGUAUUUUUCUGGUGCGGCCUCAACAUGCCUGAAAACUCACCAAACUGGUAAAAUGAAUACACAAUACUUUAUCUAGUAUCAGGUAUCUAGUAAUUUUCUUUUGAAGCAACUCUUUUGGGCAAAUUUCAGGUGUCAGUGAAAUUCCUUUGAGUGAACCUUAAUCGGAAGCAAGGAAUACCAGAAAAAUACCAAUGAAAAUUGAGAAAAUAAUUGCGUUGAUUAUGCCGCUUAUGCUGAUGUGGUGUCAAACCCAAAACCAGUUGGUAAGAAUCUUUCGCUACAUCAUUUUGGGGAACCUCUUACACAAAUAAACUUGCUCUAUCUACUUCAUGUUCACUGCUAAAUGGAUUUGUCCUUCUCAUUUUGGCAGAAAAUCUGAAUAUGACAAAUAUGACGAUGCGGACCCCAGUGACGAAAAUGAGUUAGACCCCCGAUCACGGUGUUUGACAAUCGGUGCGAGGAUUAGCAACGCAAGGAACCUGUAGCGAUGGUAUUGGUUCUUACAGUCUACCCCAACAUUGACUGAUGUUCAGGUCCCGAGAAACCCAAUCGCUGUCACGCAUCAGUCGCUAACGAGAAGCUUGGUAAUGAGUUGCGAGUACGACGCUCAAUGUUUACCACAGCAGAUCUCGAAAGUGGCCUGCUCAGCGGGAGGUAUUGAGCGCUAUCGCCGCUUACCUGCAAGCAGAUCCUCCCCCACGCACAAACGCUUGAAUAAUUCACAGCGACCGGUCUCCCUGGACUUAGCUUAGCCGCGAUGGACCCGCGCUUUUAACAUCGAGUGCUUUUUCCCGCCCUGGUAUAAAUUUCGCCGCGACGAGCGCUCACGUUUCAUCAUAAGCUAAAUAUUUUGUGACAACAUGAACUUCCUGAAAAGAUGAUUCAUUUAUUGCAGUUAUCAGCGGUUGGGCCGUUGAAGAAUUAAAGAUGGUGACGAACAAAGAUGUUUGACUUCAUUUUGAACCCCAUCCCGAAUAAUUAAAACACAUUUUAACCUUUUAACGACAUUACUAGACUUAUUAAAACUGCGUUUGUAAAGCAUACCUCAGCCUACAACAACACUCUCAUCCAUUCACAGUAUUCUCAUUGCGAACAAUGACUAAUAAUACUUCAUUAAUACUCGACCGACUGUGCCUCUUCUUCUUGCUCUUCAUUACGUUACAUCACUUCCAAUAGAGCUCAGUGCUGCCCGGCAGGUAGUGGCGAAACGUGGUACUACACUGAAGGUACACGGGGAAAAAAAACCAUUAAAAAGGGAUUGACGAAGGUCGGUACAGUGCGGAUUCACUGUGAAUACGAAGGGUUCCGGUCCUAUGUCGGAUACAGCGAUCACAAAACAAGGUUCUUUGGUACUGGUCCAGAUGGAGAGGACCGUGGACCAGCUUCCUCGGCGAUAGCUAAGCACAGCCUCCCCUUCUUCUUCUUCUCCAUCCACCAAUGCUAAG